CAAAUUUUGUAUGGAAAUAUUAUCAAUUACAUAUGCAAGGGGGCUUUAUUUAGUUCCCUUCAAAAUUCCAAAACUUUACAAGAUUCCACAUUCGAGAUGCAUGCUGCGCCAAUUCGAGACCCGCAGCUCAGCUAGGCCUACCGCUGCUGCGCUGCAGCGUGCGCGUCUAAAAAAAACAUUAUCGUGCCACUGCCAUUAAUACAACCAGAAUUACCGUGCCAAAGAGAAUCAUUGCACAGACGAUGAUCUCAAAUCCUCAAGGCUCUAGGCAAACAAAAGGGCCCACCUUGCGUCAGCGUGGCAGCCUCUUUGGUACCGGUUGGAAGACCAACCGGUACCAAUAGAAGCCUAAGGCACUGUUUGAAAAACUCAGUGUCUUAAGACGAGGCCAUUGGUCUCGGUUUGCGGGAACCGGUUGGAAAACCGGUGGCUAUGGUCUUUUCCAACCAAUUCCUAUAGCCUGUUCUCCAGUAGUGUGAUUGACACAAUGCAUCACAAAUCCAUCACGCAGCCUCCUGCUUGAAUUGUAUUGUCAGUUAUUAAUUCCAAUCCACCAUUAGUCUCCAGCCAACAAGCUAGGUAGGCAAGAGGAGAGCGAGGGAUCAUUCAUGGCCGCGGCGCAGGGCGCGGUGGACUCGCUGCUGGGCCGGCUGACGGCGGUGCUCCUUGACGAGGCCCAGCUGCUCGGCCGUGUUCGAGGCGACGUUGAGUUCAUCAAGGACGAGAUGGAGUGCAUGAACAGCUUGAUCCUUCAGCUAACCGAUGCCCAGCACCGUGAUCACCUGGUCCGGGCGUGGAUGAAGCAGGUCCUUGGCCUCACUCGGGACUGCGAGGGCAACGUCGAGCUCUACGUCCACUAUGUCGGCAGCCGGCCCGGCAAAGGUGGCCUGUUUGGGUAUCUCCGGGGAGUCAUCCGGUUUCUCCGGACUGUCCCGGUGCGCCACCGGAUCGCAACGCGGAUCCGGGAGCUCAAGGUCCGCGCUCGGGACGUUGGUGACAGGCGGCAGCGGUACGGCGUCACCGUGCCACCAGCAUUGGCUGCAGCCGGUGCUGACCCGUAUGAUGGCGAUGUCGAUCCUUCAGGUGACGACGAGAAAGAUCUUCAGCGACGUGCUGCUGUUAUAUUUGGGGGCGCUGAACCUCCGGCAGAGGACUCGGAGGUAGUAAGGAAAGGCGUUGAUACUCUGAUCAAGUGGCUGUCCAAGGAAGCAGCACCUGCUACUGCCGCCGCAAGAGACCAUGGUGAGACACAAAAAGUGAGGGUUUUCAGUAUUUUGGGGGCGUUCCGUCUCUUCGAAAGAAAUUUGGCUAAUUCAGUUGCAGCUGAAGUGUACAAACAUCAGUCUCUGCCCACCAUAUUUGGUUGCAAGGCCCUCAUCGAUUUACGUGAUGCAUUUUAUAAUAAAAAGACGGAUGUAUUAGGUGCUGCACUUGCUAGAAUACUAGAAGAAAUAACUGGUGUUCGACCUGGUGAAGAUGAUGUGGAGCUACUUGGUAGUAAUCUUCAGGGACAUCUGAAAGAUAAGCGCUUCUUGAUCUCGAUUACUCAUGUCAGUGAAGAGCAUUUAUGGAAGCCCUUACUAGAUGCUCUGUUACAUGCUGCUGAUGGGUGCCAUCCUGGCAGCGCCAUCGUAUUGACCACAGGCCACGACGAAGUGGCACGGUCGUCUUCUCCCUACAAAAUCAUCAAUACGAGAAGUCUAUUGGAUUUCUACCUCCACAAAGUGCUCAAGCUGACUGGAGACUGGUGGUACAAGCCGAUAGCUGAAGACCUCCGGCACUUGAUCAUUAGCAACUUAGUAUUACCCGACUCCAGUGCCUUUGCAAGGAAGAUGUUCCUGCACCUUCUGUAUGUUAAUCCAACCAUGACAGAAGAGGAGCUGACUCGAUUUCAGAACUCCAUUUUAAAGUGUCAGCGACUGAACAAAAGCUUCGACCAGAGAAUAGUGAUGUUCUGCUACAAUGAAUUGCCCAGCAAGUACAGGAGCUGCCUGUUGUAUCUCUCUAUUUUCCCACAAAGGUCACGUCAUCAAGACUGCAAGCUUGGCUAGGAGAUGGAUCGCAGAGGGCAUCAUCACUGCCACAACUAGAAGCGAUGAAUUAGCGAAGAGUACAGUGGAUGAAGCCGAGCACUACUGGGAUGAGCUGUUCACUCGAGGGUUCAUUUCUCCUGCGGAAAUCAGUGCCGCAGGCAACAUCAAGAGCUUCACCUUACAUGAUGAGGUCCACAAGGUCAUUGCCAAGAUUGCUAGAGAUGUAAACAUUGUGGAAUCAAACCUACCGGCAGACUGGGUCCACCACCUUUCCAUUCACAACAGGAUAGGGUUCCAAAAAUCUCAUUCAGCUGGUACUAGCAAAGACUUUGCAGCUUCUCUUCCUUCUUUGGCUGCAUCUCCUCAAUGGAAGUUCUUGAAAGUGCUGGAUUUGGAAGGCUGCAAGGGUAUGGAGAAGCAUCAUCUGAAGAGCAUCUGCAAGAUACUGCUGCUCAAGUAUCUGAGCCUCAGGAAUACUGAUGUUACAGAACUUCCCAAGCAAAUUAAGGAGCUUCAGUGCUUGGAGACGCUGGAUAUCAGGCAAACCAAGGUACGAAUGCUUGCCAGGAAAGCUAUUGUGCUCCCACUGCUGAAACAUUUUCUUGCUGGCCACAACAUCUCUGGAAGCAAUGAUGCUAGGCUAUCUGAUGAAUCAUUUCCAGCAGCAGUGGAAAUGCCCCUCGGCGUCCAGAAAAUGGAAAACAUGGAGAUAUUGUCCCAUGUCCAAGUUUCCAACAGAGACAGUGAGCUAGCCAGCAUCUCUCAGCUACUGAAACUGAGGAAACUUGGGGUAGCUCUUGAUUGUAAAAGAGUCAAGUUAAGUGAUCUUUUCGGUCAAAUUGAGAAAUUGCAUAAAUGCCUUCCUUCCUUGUCAAUCCGGAUGGGCCGGCCGGCCGAUUUUUUUUAGAAUCAUGAUGCUGAAGAGGAAGAUGCCUUACCCUCCAUUCCACAGUUCAUUGAAAGACUGAACAUCUGCAGCGUCACUAGUGGGCUUCUUUGCUCUAUUAUUAAAGAGCAGCAUCAACUUUCCAAGAUAACACUGAGUGAGACUUACUUAAAGGAUGAUGAUUUACGUAUUCUCGGCAACCUUGGUGGCCUGCGUGGCCUCAGGCUUCAGCAUAAGUCAUACGCCGGUAGCGAGCUCACCUUCAAGAAAUGUGAAUUCCAAAGUCUCACAUAUCUGCUUGUCGAAGGAGAAGACAUCACCAACAUUGGAUUUGCCAUUGGAGCAGCUCCUAAGCUCGAGUGGCUUGUGUGGUCUUUUGCCACCAUGGAGGCUCUUUCUGGAAUCGACUGGCUCCCUAAGUUGAAGAAGGUGGAGCUCAACGGCGACUGCGAUCCAGAUCCAAUAAAAGAAGCACUUGAAGGGCAUCCCAAUGCCAUACUAGAACAUAAGCCACGCCACCAACGCCAGGCAGAGUGAUCUGCAGUGGCAGCCUUAUCCUCGUCAUCUCCGUGAGUAGUCAAGUACUCUCCAUCAACUGCAAGCUUUCUUCGCUAUUUCACAAUCCGUACGUGUCCUUGAAUAAAGAUGAUUCUGAAGCGAUGGUAGCUAGGCGGCCAUCUCUUUCAGCCUUUUUUUUUUCCCGAAAAAUAUCUCCUUUCAGCCACAUGUAUCAGAGUUUGAAUCCUUCCUUCAUGUGCCUAUUCGUUUGUGUUACUUUUGCAUGUACGCCGUAUGCUUGGUUUUAAUUCUCUGUACUCUCUGGACAUUUUAUCUUCUGAGUGUAUUGAACUUGUUUGAUUGUUUAGUGAUGCCGGGCUUGUGAGCUACUCUCUGCUGAUGUGGGCUGCUACUACUACAAAAACGAUUUGUAGAAAGGCCUCGAUUUUUUUUAGCAACAGACCAAAAUUUCACCUGUUGCUACAAAUGGUACUCGGUUACUGUAGCAACAGACCCGCCCCUAAAAAUGCUUUAUAGAGCCAGGUCACCCCCUCACCCGCCCCUAAAAAUAAACCAUUUUUAGGGCCCUCACCCUACAAAAAGUAUUUUUAGGGGCGGGUCAUUCCCCCACCUGCCCCUAGAAAUGGAGACAGGGAUACAACAGGUGGUGCGAUUCAUAUGUCACCAAAUCAUUGGCUGGACUGGCUGGACUGAGUUGGACGAGGAUUGAUGGGCCCAACCCGUCCCCUUCCCUGCGGGAGCGCUGGGCCUCUCUUGCUUAUCUCUUCUCUCCCACCAGUCCACCACACACCAACUAUCUUCCCUCUUUCUCUUUCCUGUCUCUUUCUCCACACAUCUCCUCCCUUCCCCUUCCUUCCCUGCAGGCUGCAGGCCAUGGCCGCGGGCCAUGAUUGGUCCUUCACGCUGGACGCGCUGCGGGACAAGGCGGAGUGGCAGCCGCCCUGGAGGCGCGGGCACUCCGAGCGGAUCUGCUGGGCGACCGCUUGCCGACGGCAGCUGCCCUGGACUGCGCAGAGCGACAGCCGCCCUGGCACUCAGGGUGGCGGCGGCGUGGAAGCGAGGCGGCAGCGCCGGCCUGGACGCUCGCGGCCCCGGAUCUGCUGGGCACGGCGGCCCCGGAUCUGCGGCGCGUGGCGUCCAGCGGCGCGGCGGCCCAUACAACGACCUGGUGCAGCAGAAGCUAAGAUGUCCUAGUGGACUCGUCGGCACCAUCGCGACCCCAUUCGUCGUUCCUCCUCGUUUCCCAACUGUCACGGCUAGAAAACAGGCCAAAAGUAACACAUGUUGUUUGAACCGAUACUAAUGUAAGACAUUAGCAUCGGCUGCAACACUAGCCGGUACUAUUGGCCUGCGCCGAGCGCUGGCAAGACGCGCCACGGCACAAACCGGUGCCAAUGCACUGACAGAGGCACCGGAUAAUGCCAUGAGCCGGUACCGAAUGGUCGAUGCAUCAAUGGCACCGGGUGGAGGUACGAUCCGGUGCUAUUGAUGCAGACAUUGGCACCGGAUCACGCCAUAACCCGGUGUCAGUGCAUGCUUUAGAUAUAGGCACCGGUUGGUGGCAAUUGAAAACACAUUUUGGCACUGGUUGAAAGAAUCGCCCGAUACCAAAACAUGGCCGCCCACUUUGCCUCCGCGCGCGAUAUUUUAAGUCCGUGGCCAUUCAUCUCUCAUUCUCUCGUCUCUCUCAUCUCUCAUUCUCUACCUCUCAUCUCUCCCACCUCUCCCACGGCCUUAUCUCUGGGAGACUGGGAGCGGAGGGGCGCACGAGCGCCGCCGCCGCAGGAGGGCGCGCGGGCGCCGGUGACGCCGCGGGAGCCGCGGAGAGGGGCGCACGAGGCGCCACCACCGAGGGAGCUGGCCGCCGCCGCCGCAGAGAGGGCUCGGCCAUCCGCAUCUCCGCCACCUUCGUCCCGGCGGGCAGCACCCCGCCGCCCUGGCUCCUCCCGGCGGCAUCCUGGCGUUCUUCCCGCCGCGGCGCGGCUGCGACAUGAGGCUGUACCAGGACGCACACGUCGGGGCCGGCGAGCUGGGCGGCGAGCCCGGGCGGUGCUGGGAGGAGCUGUGCCUGGCGGUGCUGGGCGCGCAGCACCUCGUUUACGUGGCGGGCUGGUCGGCGUUCACCAGGGUCCGGCUGCUGCGGGGCGCCAUGUCGCCGGAGAUGGCGGCCAAAGCGGCCUAGGUGAGGGUACUGGGCGGCGUGGCGGUGGAGGACAUGAGCCUGGGCGACCUGCUCAAGUACAAGUCCCAGGAGGGCGUCCGGGUGCUGCUCCUCCUCUGCGACGACACCACCUCACUCCACAACUUCUUCCUACGGACGAGGGGCGUGAUGCAGACGCACGGCGAGGAGACCAAGAAGUUCUUCAGGCACUCGUCUACAACUCCACGUUCCGGGAGGAGGAGGAUGCCAAGAAGCUGGGUCCCCGACAGCCGUGGCAUGACAUGCACUGCCGGCUGGACGGGCCGGCGGCAUACGACGUCCUCGAAAACUUCGAGCAGAGCUGGAGGAAGACGACGAGGCUGCGCCUCAAGGGUGUGCUACCGUUCGGCAAGAAGGCGCACUGGAAGGAGGACGCCCUGCUCAAGCUGGAGCGCAUCACCUGCUUCGUCUACAUCGAGAACGAGCGCUUCAUCGGCUCGUCGUAUCUAUUUUAUGGGAUUAAUGGACUGAAUAUAUCUUGUGAACGAUUUUUUGAAUGAUUUGUCGGAUCUAUGAGUUUUUUUUGGAUCAAUUCAAUAUUUUAUUGUU